AUGUCCUCUGGGGAUGGGGCGAACGAGGCUGUUGAGCUCGAAGACGACUGCGAGGAAGGUGGCUUGCUGGCCAGCCCAAGGAGUGGCGAGCGGCACUCCCGCAGGCAACAGCGGACGCCGGCUUUUGCAUGGCCUCUAUUGUUUGGGGCGGUGGUUGCUGUGGCCUCUGCAGGAGUGGUGUUCAAGUACAUGGGAGAUGUGCCACCAGUGACUCUUGCAGCGUGGCGCCUGCAGGCGACCUCCAUCGUUCUCUUUAAUGGGUUUAUCUUCCAGUGGUGCCACCUGGAUGACAGCGAAAGGCAACGCACUUGGGGUGUCAGCCACCUGCUGGCGAUGAGUGGCUGCCUCCUUGGUGCCCAACUUGCUCUGUGGGUGUGGGGCCUACAACACACCUCCCUCACACACGGGCUGCUGUUUGUGUCCGUGAGCCCAAUCUUGAUCGCAGCAGGGACGUGGAUAUUGGGGUGGCCAAUAUCACGCUGGGAGCUUGUUGGCACGGCAGUUGGAGUGGCAGGCGUGGGGCUGCUGGCAUCUGGAGGAUUGGCGAAGAAACAGGGUGAGGUGAGCAAAUGGGUUUGCCAAGAGAGGAAACCAACUGUUGAGUUCAGCUGUGUGUCAUGUUGGAGUCCUUGGAAUCUGUGUCGUUUCUUACAGAUGGGGCCAAUGGCAAGAUUUUGCUGCAGGCGCGGCAAACGUUGCAGUGCUGGGUUGUGCGAACAACCAUGCAGGUGCUGUUGCCAUUAUUGGAGUAAGACCAGCAGCUGGCUCAAGGCCAGUCUAUCAGAUGAGCUGUGA